AUGUCAACCACGCAGAAGUCCGCUCUCAACGUCGUCAUGGGCGCCAUGACUUUCGGAAAGGAAGGCAUGGAUGGUGUCCGUAUCAGCAACGUGGACGACAUCACCGCCAUCCUCGACGUGUUCCGCGCCCACGGCCACACCGAUGUCGAUACCUCCCGUAUGUACGGGCUGGGCACGAGCGAGGAAUGGCUCGCGAAGGCGGACUGGAAGAGUCGCGGGCUGAAAAUCCACUCCAAGAUCUACCCUAUUCCGUUCGUGCCGCCCAGCAUUCCCUACCUCAAGGUCAUCAAGCACACCCCGGAGGAUCUCCGCCUCAACCUUGACCUUUCCUUGAAGGCUCUUGACACUGAUUCACUCGACAUCUUCUACCUCCACGGCCCUGACCGCACGACUCCGUACGAGGUGACCCUCAAGGUCGUUGAUGAGCUCUACAAAGAGGGCAAGUUCAAGCGCUUCGGCAUCUCCAACUACAUGUCGUGGGAAGUCGCGGAGAUGGUCGGGAUCUGCAAGGCGAACGGGUACAUCCAGCCGAUGGUCUACCAGGGCAUCUACAACGCCAUCCACCGCAGGGUCGAGCCCGAGCUCUUCCCAUGCCUCCGCAAGUUCGGCAUCUCCUUCUACGAAUUCAACCCCCUCGGCGGCGGGUUCUUCACCGGCCGGUACCGCUCCAUGGAGGACAACGUCGAGCCCGGCUCGCGCUUCGACAACAGCAAGGGUUACCAGGGCCCGGCGUACCGCGCGCGCUACUGGAACGAGCCGUACUUCGCUGCGCUCGCCAAGAUCGAGGCCGCGGCGCAGAAGCACGGGCUGACGCUCGCCGAGGUCGCGCUCCGCUGGGUGUCACACCACUCGCUGAUGAAGCGCGAGCGCGGGGACGCGAUCCUCAUCGGGGCCUCCAGCCUGAAGCACAUCGAGCAGAACCUCGUCGACCUCGAGAAGGGCCCGCUCCCGGAGGACGUCGUCGCGGUGCUCGACGAGGCAUGGAAGGGUGUCGAGCCGUACGCGGCCAAGAAGCCUCUCCACCCACCGCAAGUGCGCUGGGUGAACCUCUUUCUGCGCCGCUGCACCAUUCGCCACACACCGCAGGAGGGGACGGAGAACAACCAAUUGAUGUUGUUGCAUCGUCAGACGCUCAACAGGCUUGAGUACUCGUGGGGACUUCCGCACAACUCAUUCGACAUCAACGACACCAACAAUAGCAUCAUACUCCAGGCGACUCUCCGUGCUUCGUUUGAUAUAUACGACAGCCAGUCUGCCGGGUGGUUCUUGUUGCCAGCCACCAGAAAGCUAAGAACGGCUUUGCUUAGGCAUUCCCCGGCAGAUGGCGACAUCAACAAGUAUCAGUGCUACGAGGGCACCACCGAGUUCGAGUAUCAAGUGAUGGCGUUUCAAUCCAUGCGCGAUUCUACAUCGUUUGUGAGAUACACAGGCGAUCCGUCGUCUGGUUUCUUCCAACCCGAGGACAUCAAGCCCUUCUCCUACCCGUUCAUUGAUUUUGGCCCCAUCCACCUGCCGAUCCCCUAUCACUACGUCAUCGCCAACAGCGGUGCGAAGUAUUGGCACCUAUUUCAAGGAGCAAUAUUUUCGCCCUGA